AUGGACGAUAUCCCGACAAUCGCGUCCAAGGCCAGGACCGUUGUUGACUCCUUUCGACUGCUCGUCGACAUUGCCCCGAGUGAUGGCGACGCACCCAAGUCCGAGGCGACCAAUGUCGAUGAUCAGUUCGCGCGGUUCAACAUAUGGGCCAGCAACAUCGGCAUGUUUGCACCUGGCCACGCAUCGCUUGACCACCGCUUGCGCGACAGUCCGGAAGCAAGAACCCUAAUGACCCAACUACUCGAGGGGCUCCAACGGUUCCUUAAACGCGCAAUAUAUGCCACAGGGCUGCCUGAAUCCGACCCACACCUACAAGCACUCGAAUCAUCCGUCGAGGAGACUCCGAGCGACACGUACCAAUCCUCCCAAUCAUCCUAUGUCUCAUCGCACCAGUCGAUCCCCGAGUCUGCAGACGAGGCUGAUGUCCUUACCCCGUCCGAGGAGCGUCUGUCCGGGAUAGAGCAGACGAUCGACCGCCUUUAUCGACUUUCAGUCGCCAUUCGCCGACCGUCACUUGUCAACCAGAACGUCAAAGCCGCCACUUUCCAGAUAAGAGACGACGAAGGGAAUGAGUGUGGAGACGCCUUCUACCAUUACGCUCUCCAGCUGGUCACUCAUAGGUGCCAGAAUGCCGCCCAAGCUUUGAGAGAGCGGCUGGCAAGAGCCAUCACCCUGCGAAGGAAGCGCUUCUUGUACAGGCAGAAGCACCAAGCGAAACUCAACUUCAAGGAGGACGAGGACGAGGACGAGAGCCCAGCGCCAUCGGUUUCGAAGGACGGGGAAACAGUUCUCACAGCACAUCGGGACUUGCGAAAAAACACAAAAGGGAACGAGACUGUCAAGUUGCCUACUGGCCAACGUCCUCCACCGUCACAUACCUCUGCCUCGCUGUUUUCCAAGACCCGGUUUGACAGAGGAGCAAUUCUUGAAUCCGCGUCCAACAUUUCCACUGCCAUCGCCCCUUCCGACCAUAUUGGUAACGUGCAGGUACCACCGCCCCCGAAAGUCUCCCACGGAGGCAAGGAGUUUGAAUGUCCCUACUGCUUUCUCGUCAUCGGGAUUGGGGAAGCAAAACCACUUCAAUGGAGAAAACAUGUCUUUCGCGACCUUGAUCCGUACCUUUGCUUGCAUCCAGACUGUUCGGAAUCCCAGGUGCUGUUCCACGACACGCAUGCAUGGACUCAUCACAUGCAGUGGGAGCACAACAGGCAAUGGCGAUGCUCAGCCCCAGGCCACGCGGCCGGGUUGACAUUUGGUUCGGAAGACGCUUUCGCCGAUCACUUGAGGGGGGAUCACAAAGGUGCAUUCAGCGAAAGACAGCUGCCAUCCCUACUGAGAAGGGCGGAGAGGCCGGGCGUGGCAUUCGAAGAAUGCCCUCUUUGCGAUUUUUCACCUGGCCAAGACGUGUCCCCGCGCAGCACUUCCCCACACAGUGUGCCUGGCUCGCGAGAAACGCCGCCCGACAUGUCCCCUGCGAACUUGAUCAAGCAUAUUGCGAACCACCUGCUGUCACUUUCUCUGAUAUCGCUCCCCUGGCGAGAGGUAGAAGACGAAGAAUCUCCAAAAGAGGGGACGGCAUCCCACCAUGCAGACGACGACCCUGCCUCAAGCUAUCACGAUGACGUAUCAUCAUUAUCUUUCGGUGAGGAAGCAGAGGAUCGAGGCUCGGAGAUACCACCGAUGGACCUUGGCUUCUCCACGCCGGCUGUUCCUGACGACGUCGUGCUCGGCACAGCCAGGGACGAAUGGUCUUUCCUGCCCCCAUCCGAAUACUUUGGCCAUGACCGCGACCCCGUCUUGCAGACUUUCCUCCGUAAGCUCUACAUCGAAUCUUCACCGUCGAUGAAUGACAAGGAAGGCCCAUUGCUGCCGUGUUACUUCCUGCCCUUCAGCGCCAACAAGAAUUUCCAUGGCCGAGACAUGGCUAUGGGGGUUACGGAAGAGGCGCUUCUUCCCAAACCUUUGUCUGCCUCCAUUCCUGCGCCUGCAACAAAAGGCGACACCAACCCCAAGACUUUUGCCAUAUGCGGGCCUGGAGGCAUGGGGAAGACGCAGGUUGCCCUCGAGUUUGUGAACCGGCACAAAGACAAAUUCGACGCCGUCUUUUGGGUUCACGCAGACGAUGCAUCGAAACUCGCGCAGGACUUUAAUCAGAUCGCAAUCAAGCUGGGCCUGGUCCCCGACGGGUCGGCCGACUCGAGAGACUACGCCUUCACACGCGAGUUGGUGAAGCGGUGGUUGGUGGAGCCGCUGAGGAAGUUGAAGAACAAGGACUCGGGCCUCGCAUCCUGGCUGCUCGUGUAUGACGGUGUCGAAAUCUCCAGCACCAUCAACGAGUUUUGGCCUUACGAUGGGCCUGGCUCUGUGCUUGUCACCAGCCGCAACCCGUUUUCUUGGACGACAUGCUGGGCUCUCGUGCCCUUCACCGCCACAGAAGCCACGGAUUUUCUUCUCAAGGUGACAAGAAGGAAGGGAGAUGCGGAUACUCGCGCUGCCGUUGCAGCGGUCAGUCAGAGACUGGGUGGCUUACCCCUUGCACUGACACAGAUGGCCGGCGUGAUCACGUACAGAGGAAUGACUUUCGAUGAAUUCAUACGGGCUUACAACGAGAGAGAAUCGCGUCAGGAGCUGCUUGAAGCAACACCAGAUGCCAGCCUACGUGGUCCAGGAUACGAGCACAACCUGGCUUCAGUAUGGGCGCUCGAAAACCUCACGCAUGGGGCAACCUUGCUCAACACGUUAUCCAUGCUUGACUGCGACGGCAUCACAGAGCGUUUGCUCAGUGAGAAUCUCGGAAAAGUCAACCUCCCUGGCUUCCCUUCAACGUUGGCAGACUACCAAAAUGCAAAAGAUGAGCUUCUUCAAUCAUCCCUCAUCACGGCCAACCGGCUACAAAAGAAAUUCUUCGUGCACAGAAUAGUCCAAGACGUUGCACGGACGAGGCUGAACCCAGACGAACUCCGUCAGACCUUCAUGGCGUGCGUCAGCAUGGUUUCCGAGCUUUGGCCAUUCGAAUCAUUCACUUGGCGCCACGGAGUAGGGAGAUGGUGGGCCUGUGAGGAGCUAUUUCCCCAUGUGUUGAAGCUGAAGGAGCUCGGUCACCGUACAGUUCCAUCAGAGGAUGACCUGCCAGGCGAUUUUGGCUUUGCCAGACUCCUUAUCGACGCAGGAUGGUAUCAUCACGAGCGUGGAAGGUCAUCCGAGUCCCGCCUGUUCAACGACAUGGCCCAGACCAUCUGCGGAACCUGGGUGCACCGAUUGUCGCUUGUACGCCGACGAGCCUCUCCUAAACCCUCGCCACACAAGCACUAUCUUGGAGACCUACACGCUGCACUGGCAGAGAUCACGCACAAUCGAGGCUGCAUAGCGUCCGAGACCAACGAGCCUCAGGACGCGCUCGAGCACUUCUCGAGCUUCAACACGAUGAUGGUGGCCGAGUUCGACAGGGACCCGCAGCUCAUCCAGCAUGACAUGCGGCUGGCCAUCAGCUGGAACGAGCUGGGCAACGCGUACAUGUUGAACCGGCAAUGGGCGAGGGGCGAAUCGUGCUACAACCGCUCCAUCGAGACGAUGCGCCGGCUCACCUACUUCCAAGAGACGAACCUCUCCUUGCCCAUUGUCAACCUCGGCCUGUCCUUUUGGCUGCAGGGCAAGCGUGAUGAAGCGCUCGACCAGCUCGUGCAUGGGCUGCUGGAGCGUGAGAAGGCGUUGGGCAGCGAGGACCGCGAGAGCUUCAUCACCGGAAGAUUCCUGCAUGCGCUGGGGAAUGUCUAUGCGGAUUUGGGCAGGAGGGAGGACAGCUUGAAGUUCCAUCGCAAGUCACUGUUGCACUACAAGAGUACGCUGGGAAACAACCAUCAUCGCACGGCCGAUGUGUGCGUGAAAGUGGCGGAGCAUUUGAUUCGGUUGAAGCAGGAGGAUACGGCUGUGGCGCUGCUCGAUCAUGCACUCAAGGCCUAUAGCAACCGCAAGACAUACGUUCCGGAAAAGGCACGGGCACUGUUCAAACGGAGCCAGGUGUUGAGGAUGAUGCGUAAAAAUGUAGAGGCAGAAGACGCUCUGCAAGAAGCUGUGGAUCUAUACCAUGAGGUUGCUGACAAGGAAGAGGGAUCAAUGAAGAAAGAGGCCGACGAGUUGGUUGAUCGGGACUUUAUCGAGUGCAUUGCCUUUUGGUCGAGGUAG